AAUCAAAUUCAUAACUUUCAUAAGCAACCAAUUGAUGAACCAAAACAAUACCUUAGCAAAGAAAACAACCUCAAACAUGAAAAAAUGCCAAAAAGUCAUGAAAAACAAUCUCAACAACUAAAAGAUUCCAAUAAUGAUUCAAUAAAAUACUCCUAAAAAGCGUCAUAAUUCAUCUAAUCAUCUCAUGUCACUCUCAUCUUAAUCUCCCUUCCCAUUCAAGGAUCACAAAAAGAGGGAAAAAAAGAAGAAAAUGGCGGAGAUGGGUAAAACUGAGAAUGGAAAGAUAGAAGACAAACAAGAAAACUCAACAAAGGAUGUUUCUUCCACUUCUAAUGGUUCGAUUUGUGGGUUUGAAUCACUUCAUAGCCUACUUCAAUCCUCUCUUUCUCCCAAUGUUUUCCAGGAAGUCAGCAGAAUGCUUCUGGGGAUGAAUUGUGAAAGAUCACUUGAUGCAUUAGCACUUCCUACAGUUGCUACCAGUUUGUCCUCUGAUCAUGAUUUUGAUCUUCAGGCAUACUGCUUUCAAGCUCAAAAGGAGUCCUUAAGAGAGCCUCGGAUUGUGCGAGUGGGUCUUAUUCAGAAUUCUAUCGCCCUCCCCACAACAGAACCUUUUAUUGAACAAAGAAGGGCCAUCUUUCGGAAAUUGAAGCCCAUCAUAGAGGCUGCAGGUGCUUCAGGAGUCAAUAUUUUAUGCCUUCAGGAAGCAUGGACUAUGCCAUUUGCAUUUUGUACCAGAGAGAAGAGUUGGUGUGAAUUUGCAGAGCCUGUCGAUGGAGAGUCAACACAUUUUCUGCAAGAUCUUGCAAGGAAAUAUAACAUGGUCAUUGUAAGUCCCAUACUAGAGAGGGAUGUUGUACAUGGAGAGACCAUAUGGAACACCGCUGUUAUAAUUGGAAAUCGGGGCAACAUUAUUGGAAAGCACAGAAAGAACCAUAUUCCUAGAGUCGGAGACUUCAAUGAGAGCACGUAUUAUAUGGAAGGGAACACUGGACACCCUGUUUUCGAAACGGCAUUUGGAAAAAUUGCUGUUAAUAUUUGUUAUGGAAGGCAUCAUCCUUUGAAUUGGAUGGCUUUUGGCUUGAAUGGAGCUGAGAUUGUAUUUAACCCCUCCGCUACCGUCGGUGAACUCAGUGAACCUAUGUGGCCAAUCGAGGCACGUAAUGCUGCAAUAGCAAAUAGCUAUUAUGUUGGCUCAAUAAAUCGUGUUGGAACCGAAAGCUUCCCUAAUGCAUUCACCUCUGGAGAUGGAAAGCCACAGCAUAAUGAUUUUGGUCACUUCUAUGGUUCCAGUCAUUUUUCUGCACCAGAUGCUUCUUGUACUCCGUCCCUCUCUCGUUACAGAGAUGGUUUAAUGGUUGCAGACAUGGAUUUGAACCUCUGUAGACAGCUCAAAGAUAAGUGGGGAUUCAGAAUGACGGCAAGGUAUGAACUCUAUGCAGAGAUGCUCGCACGUUAUGUCACACCAGAUUUUCAGCCUCAGAUCGUCUCCGAUCCAUUGUUAGAUAAGAAAACCGCUUAAAUUUUCUUUAGUCUUUGAUGUACUUUCUCCAAUGUGGUUCGUACUUUGGUUUGAAAGUUUGUAAAUGUCAUAGAAGUAGUGUGAAUUUCUAAUUACUUACAUACGAUUAUAAGAGGGCCUUGUGAAAGGUCUCUCGAGUCUUGACUCGACUCGUGAUCAAACGUUGUUCACUUCAACUUUCUAUUUAAAGUUCAUCAUUGGCUCUGGAAAA